AUGGAUGAUAUUCUGGACGACGUCAUCAAACAGCAUCAAGCCAACCGCGAAAAUGGGAAAGUGGGGAAUGCUGAGUCGGGAGAUGAAGAUAUUAUUGAUGUUCUGCUUCGACUGCAGGAAAGUGGCAACUUCCAAGUUCCAAUCACAACUAGAAACAUCAAAGCUCUCCUUCUAGAUAUUUUCAAUGCCGGAACUGAUAAUUCAUCAGUAAUAGUCCAGUGGGCCAUGUCAGAAUUGAUGAGGCAACCAAACCUAAUGGCAAAGGCACAAGACGAAGUAAGACAAAUCUGUGAGGGAAAAAGGACAAUCGAGAAGGCCGAUAUGGAAAAGUUGAAGUACCUCAAAAUGGUCAUACAUGAAACUUUAAGGCUUCACCCACCUACUCCUAUAAUCCCAAGAUUAAGCAUGGAAAAUCUAGUGGCCAGUGGAUAUACAAUACCCGACAAUACCCAAAUAAUAGUUAAUGCUUGGGCAAUUGGGAGAGACCCUGAAUACUGGGAUGAUGCUGAGAACUUUAAACCAGAGCGGUUCGAUCAUAAAUCAAUUGAUUACUUUGGAUCUCAACAUGGAUAUUUCCUGUUCGGGUUAGGAAGGAGAAUGUGCCCCGGGAUAACAUUUGGUCUAGCCAAUAUGGAGCUUCCAUUAGCCCAUUUGCUUUACCAUUUUGACUGGAAGUUACCUGAUGGAAUGGAGCCGGCUGAUCUAGACAUGGAAGAAUCCGAGAGAUUAACCGUUCAAAGGAAAAAUAAUUUAUUCUUGAUUGCAACACCAUAUGGUCCUUCCAGUGACCGAUGA